AUGGAUACCAGUCUUACACCGAAUGAGCGACAAAAUCUUCGUCCCAAUGAAGUUACAGAUAAUAAAGAAGAUGUUCAACUUAUUUGGCUUGAUGGAAAAAUGGAUGAUUCACCUAAUUAUCUUCAUACCAAGACAAUGUUAAUCGAACUAAAUCCAGCUGCUCAAUUCUAUUCUGAUUUUGAUCGAUGUCUCGAUUUGAUUAAAUCCAUCAAAGAUGAACAGAUCUUUCUCAUAGUGUCGAGUGCAUUUGCCCAACGUAUUCUUUCACAAAUCUAUAAUCAUCGAACACUCGUUGCCAUAUUCAUUUUCUCUGUCAAUCAUCAAAAUCAUGAGCCACUCUUAAAACAAUACAAUAAGAUCGUCGAAAUCUUUACUGAUCAAGAGAGUUUAAUAAAAUCCAUUCAAGAAAAGAUGGAUCUAAUAGAAAAACAAACAUUAGCAUUCAGUCUCUUUGAUCAAAAACAAAAAUCGUUAAAAGAUUUGUCAAAAGAAUCUGCAUCAUUUCUUUGGGGUCAAAUGUUGCUUUUUGUUCUCAGACAAAUGCCACAAGACGAGCAAUCAAAAAAAGAAAUGCUGAACAUAUGUCGUGAUUAUUAUCAGAAGAACAAAUAUGAAUUGGAAAACAUCAAAGAAUUUCAACAAAGUUAUAAUCGUGAUAAAGCGAUUCAAUGGUACACUGAUGAAUGUUUUCUUUACAAAUUACUAAACAAAGCACUUCGUACAGAAGAUAUCGAACUGCUCUAUAUGUUUCGAUUCUAUAUCAUUGAUUUAUGUGCAGCCAUCGAAGAUGAAAGCCAUCAUUUGAAAGAUAAAGGUACUUUAACCUUGUAUAGAGGAACACAGAUUCCGAUGGAAGACUUGCAAAAACUGAAAGAAAAUGUCGGUAAAACUAUUUCAACGAAUGGAUUUUUAUCUACCUCGCGAAACAUCAAUAUGUCGCUUCAUUUCGCUCGUCCAGAACAUGUGCUAAAUGACUUUGAAUCUGUUCUAUUUGAAAUUCAAGCUGAUCCAACAUUGAAAACAGUCUUUUUUGCUGAUCUUGAAAAUAAAACUAUUAUGAAGGGUGAAAAUGAAGUCCUUUUCAACCUGAAUUCUCUCUUCAAAAUUCAGUCUGUUGAGUUUGAUUCAACAUUAAAACUAUGGAAAGUACAACUAACUGCAACCGAUGAAGACACAGCAAAGGUUGAAGAAUAUCUCAUCUUGUCUAAGCAAGAAAUGGAAGAAAAUACACCAAUUAUUUAUUUUGGUCGUCUUCUUAUAUAUCAGUUGGGCCAUGUAGAUCGCGCCGGAAAAUAUUUUAAUAUGUUAUUGAAGUCACUUCCAUCUGAUCAUCCAGACAUUGCAGCUGUUUAUAACAAUAUUGGAAAUGUGCAUGAUCGCAAAGACGAAUGGAAUUUAGCAUUGAAGAAUUAUGAGAUAGCUUAUGAGAUUCGUCGAAAGCAGCUCCCACCCAAUCAUUCUCAUAUAGCUGGUUCCCUCUACAAUAUAGGGCGUAUUCACAGAAGAAAGGGAAAUUAUGAUGUAGCCCUCGAUUAUUAUCAGCAAGCCUUAAAAAUCAGAGAAAAAAUAUGUUCAAAUGCAAAUUUUAAGAAAGCAGAUGUGAUCGAAUGCAUCGGUAGAGUGUAUAUCGACAAAGAAGAUUUUGACACUGCUCUUAUCUAUCUAUACCGUGCUCUUGAGAUGUUCAAACGCGUUCUACCUGAUCAGCAUGCUAGUAUUGCAAGAUGUCUCGGUCAAAUCGGCUAUGUUAAUGAGAAGAAGGGUGACUUGAAUGUUGCUCUUGAUUAUUAUUAUCAAGAAUUGACCAUGGAAGAGCAAUGUUUACCUUUCGAUCAUCCGAAACUUUCCAGUGAUCUAUAUUGGAUUGUUGACACUUAUAAGAAGAUGGGUGAGCAUGAAAAAGCUAUAGAGCUUUGUCAAAACAAACUCAAUAUUCAGCAAAACAGACUGGGUGAAAAUCAUCCUCGUAGUGCUCGAACAUUGAUGAUCAUCGCUAAUGUACUUCAAAAAAAAGAUCCAAAUGAGGCAGUAAAAUACUACGAAAAAGCACUAUCUAUCCUUGAAAAUUCUACUCCACCUGAUUAUCAAACAACUUCGGAAUGUCUAACUUGUAUGACUUGUUUAUAUGGUGCAUAUAAUAUGAACGAAGAUGCAUUAAGAUGUGAACUGAAAGCACUUGAUGUCAAUCGGACAAUAUUAUCUUCUGACCACAUCGAUAUUGCAAAUAACUUGAGAAAUAUCGGUAUAUCUUAUCGUGAAAUGAAUAAUCCAUCAGAAGCCCUUCGCUACUUCAAUGAAAGUCUCUCGAUCUACAAAGUUAAUUAUGGAUCAGAGCACGAAAAAGUAAAGAAAGUCGAAGCAGAUAUUGCGACAUUAAACGAAGAACAGCCUUUACCACCCAGUAGUGAGCCAGAACAACAAGUUUUGGAAGAAGAAUCUCGUUCUGACUCCAACCAGUCUGCUUCUCAUCAAAUGCUAUCCUCAAUCGAUAGUACUUCACAAGUACAAUCGAAUCCGACAAGCACGAACAUACCAUCAAAAACUACUACAAGUAGAACAUGUGCCAUUCAAUAA